AACUCAAUGGAUUGUGAUUCCAUCCAUUGCCGUGUGUGCGGAACUCGAGUUGCAUUCAUCGAGGAUGUCUUUGUUAUUGUAUGGAUUCUCACUCUCUCUCUCUCUCUGCAUCUACUUUUCCAUCUACGCUUCUUCAAUUGAAUUCGUCGAGGAUUACAUUAGUCUUGUGUGGCCAGGAGGGAUCUUUACUAGGCUGUUUAAUGUAGACAACGUGAAUUAUCAUCAAUCAGAAACUGGAACUACCGCAGCCGAAGCUUACUGUGUCCAAUGUGGAACGAUGCUCGGGUGGAAAUUUAUUGCAGUCGCCCCACAGGACAUGUAUGUUAUGGAAGGAUCAUUCCUUUUGAGAUUGGACAGACUUAAUAUCUGGAAUGCUGAUGAGCAAAAUGCUGAUCAAGAUGGAGAUGCUAAUGAACACAUUCCUAACGAACAAGAUUAUCAAGAUGGAGGCGGUGAUCAACAGGUUCCUAAUGAGCAAGAUUAUCAAGAUGGAGGCGGUGAUCAGCAGGUUCCUAAUGAACAAGAUUUAGGCGCUAAUGAGCAAAAUGCUGAUCAAGAUGGAGGCGGUAAUCAACAGGUUCCUAAUGAACAAGAUUAUCAAGAUGGAGACGGUGAUCAACAGGUUCCUAAUUUAGGUGCUAAUGAGCAAAAUGCUGAUCAAGAUGGAGGCGGUAAUCAACAGGUUCCUAAUGAACAAGAUUAUCAAGAUGGAGGCGGUGAUCAACAGGUUCCUAAUGAACAAGAUUAUCAAGAUGGAGACGGUGAUCAACAGGUUCCUAAUGAACAAGAUUAUCAAGAUGGAGGCGGUGAUCAACGGGUUCCUACUGAACAAGAUUAUCAAGAUGGAGGCGGUAAUCAACAGGUUCCUAAUGAACAAGAUUAUCAAGAUGGAGGCAGUGAUCAACAAGUUCCUAAUUUAGGCGCUAAUGAGCAAAAUGUUGAUCAGGAUGGAGGCGGUGAUCAACAGGUUCCUAAUGAACAAGAUUAUCAAGAUGAAGGCAGUGAUCAACAGGUUCCUGAUGAACAAGUUGUGAGCGCUAAUUAGCAAAAUGCUUAUCAAGAUGGAGGCGUUAAUGAACAGAAUCAUGAUCAAGACGGAGGCGCUCCAAUGAACUGAAUGAAGAUGUAGACCUUGAUAGCCUACUCAUGCUGAUAUUCUGCUUAUACAAAAUGCUAUAAUCCAUAAUUGUGUGAUAUUCUGUUUUCCAUUUCUGUUUUGAGAUUGCAGUACAUGUUAUUACUUCAGGUUGGAAUAAACCAAUUGACACUGAACUCUUUACAUGUUUGA